GGGCUUUAAAAAGGAGGCAGGCGCGGGCGGGGUGUUAGAAGCGGAGUGCGAGGGAGCGGGGUGUGGAGGGCGGGCGGAUCGGGGGCGCAAGCAGGUUGCUUUCCGCCGACCCCCUGCGCUGUCCUGCGGCGCUGAGAUUCGGAUCCGCGAGCGCGCCCGGCCACGGCUCCUCUUCCCGCUUCGACCCCCGUCGCCACCAUGUCCAACGUGCACCUCUCCAGUGCCUCGGCUUUGGAGCGCCUGGCGGCUCGCCGGACCUUUCCGCUGCAUGCUCGCACGGGCGUCUGCAGGAACCUCUUCGGCCCCGUGGAUCAUGAGGAGCUCGACCGCGAGCUGAAGAACCACCUGCGAGAGAUCUGCGAGGACAGCCAGAGGCGCUGGGACUACAACUUCCAGAGCGAGGCGCCGCUGGCUGGCCCGGGCAGGCUGCAGUGGGAAGAGGUGGAGGGCGGCGCCGUGCCCGCUUUCUAUCGGGAGACCCUGCAGGUCGGGAGGUGCCGCUUCCCGGUGCUGGUGAUCCGAGCCAAGCCUCCGCCGCCGGACAGCGCAGAGGUGCCCGUGUCGGUGGAGCCCAGAGACUCUCCCCUGGAGCCGGGGCUGCGUUCGCCUGCUCCGCAGGGCAGAACGGCUGCCUUGGCCAGCGCCACUGUGGGACCCGAGGAGCCCCUCAACCAGGAGAACCGGGCCGCUCAGCUCAGCAACUUCUCAGGGAUUAUACUCAAGCCUGUCCCGUGUGCGGCUGCGGCUCUGAAGAGAGCCUCCUCCACCGGGGCGGCUCACAUCACAGAUUUCUUUGCCAAGCGGAAAAGGGUCGUGGACUCAAAAGCGGCUGGGGAGCAUCCUAGCGCGCUGCAGGCCUCUAUCUCCGCAGUCCCCACUGAGCAGACACCCCGGAAAAGGCUCCGAUGAACGAGAUUUUGCACUACCGCGCAGAAGCCCUGUUUCCUUGGUGCUGGGAAACCCAGCGCUUGAGAGGCCUUCCUCAUACACUCAAGGGACUGGCAGAAGAGACCAGAGUGGGGAAGAACUGCCUGUUUUUUGUUUCGCCUCUUCUCCCACUCUCCGCCCCAGAAGGAACUGCUGGUACCUCUAUGUAGCAAAAGUGGCUCUGACGAUAAGCCACCUGACGGAGCAGUGUUAAUUUACAACUGUGCAAUGUAUUAUUUUUAUAUAAAAAUGUAUUAUGCCUAAUGUGAGUACACUGGCCUGAAGUGUAAAAGCUUUAAAGUCAUUUAUAUAAAAAAAUGUUUAAUCUCUGCUGAUUUCUCAGUGCAAAAAAUGUAUAUUUGUAAAAACAAACAACUUAAAAAGUUAUACUAACUUAUAUUUUCUAUUUAUGUCAAAAAGGCGGAUAACUUUGGUUGACACCCAGUAGUCUGUUAUUUGUGUGUGUGGGUUUUUUUUUCUUAUUUGGUUAAGCCAAAGGGCACUAUAUUUGCUUUUUUAUUUACAAAAAAAUGUAAAUUUAUUUUUAUAGUGGGUUUUUUGCAUUCACAAAAUGUAGCUAUGAAUCAAAAUUUCUUUAGUUAUUACUUGAAAAUAAAUCUGAUACAAUGGUUCCUGAGCCGGUCUGUACCACUGCCAUUGCAAACAUAUGCCACAAUGUUAAAAUAAAAAGGAAUCUAAUUUCAGUCA